UAACUCAAGAAGAUAAUGGAAUUGAUGUUAUCAUUACAUACAAAGAAAAACUCAUCCUUAUUCAAUGUAAAAACAUGGAAAUGCCUAUAACGGUUCAGAUUGUAAGGAUGUUUGAAUCGGCACUUUCGAGGUUUUCUUCAGAUUCUCUAGGUCUUAUUGUUUACAAUAGUGAAAAAUUAAAUGAAAAAUUUGCUACUCCAAAAGCAAAACAUUGGGCAUAUACUUCUAAAAAGAAUAUCAAAAUCUGUAAUGAAAAGGAGUUUGUAGAUAUUAUCAAGAGUUUUUUCGAAUAUGAUGAUGAUAAUGAUCAAAUAGAAUUGUUUGAUUAUAAAGCCGAUACUUUUGAUAUAAUCAAAUCACUCGGAACAAAUGUUUCUAUUGUCGAUUUUUUGAUCGAAGAUAGGACUAUUAGAGAUAUCAAAAUUUUUAAUACCAACGUUGAUAAUGAAUUGGAAAAGAAAUAUAUUGAGAAUUUGGUUGAUGAUGAAAUAUCCAAAGAUAAAGUAAAAAUCGACAAAGUGGCUUUUAUUAAACCUAAAUUUACGACUACAGUUAAUCGAAAAAUCAAACGUGCAAGAUCAGGUGAAACUUGUGACAAAAAAUACUUGAAACAUAUUUAUACUGAAUAUGAAUCAAGAGUCAGUGAAAUUUAUCCUGAUCAUAUUGUGUUUGAUAAUGUUUUUUUAUGUGAGA